AAAUGGAGAAAACCACAAUUUACAACCAACACAGUAAAUUAAUUGGAUUAUGAAGUUUCUGUAAACAAAAUAGGCCUUCAAAACAUAUUAGUCACCAGAAUGGAGAUUAUCAAGCUCAUUUCAAUUUAUGAUUGAUUAAUUUCUUAUUUUGACAGGCUGUAUUUAUGUCCCACUGCAUAGUCAAAUAAGUUGGAAAAGGGCUUGCCAUACAGUUCAGUGUUAGAGGAGGAGGUGACUGGUUUGAUUCUCGGCUGCAUCUCUUCCGCUUAACUAAUAAAUAAAAGCAUCUAGGUCCACAAAAAACCUUUAAAAACAAUUUGGGAAAGUUCAGAUUUUUUGUAUGCCAUAUUUGGCACAUUAAUUACUUUAUCAAGUCAUUUAUUUAUUUCUAUAUUACCAAUAUUGGCAGCAUCGUUCCUCCAUAGAAUCCGUCUUCCACAGCUUUAAUGAUUAACUUGACUUUUUAUUCACUCACUCUCCCUGCUGGACACGUAAUGACACAAAAUACAAGUAAAAUCAUUAUUCAAAAAUUCAAUGUAGAAAGAAAGAAGCUUAUCCACCGCCGAUAAGAUCUGAGCUGCGUCUUCAGGAACCACCACAGAACCAUUAGAACCCUGGCCCAGACUGGGUUCAAGUCCAGAACCACCCAGCUGGAUCAGAGCAGCUGGAGCAUAAAGAGUAUAUCCCACUCCAGACCUUUUAUGCCCCUUAUGCCUCCUUAAAACCCACAGAUAGACGUUUAAGUUCUGCCCCGGUAAAGAAACGAAACCAAAAAUGAUGCCAUCCUCAGCCUUUGCGUGGUUUCGUUUUCCAAAAACGUAGAGCCCGACUGCAGCGAAGAGCGGUCUGCGACACGAGCCGGCGCUGAUGGAGUCUGAUCAUGGAUGAGGAGCUCGACCCUGACGAUGGAAAUCCAAACUCCGUCUUGGCUCAGGAAUACUCAGAGCUGGUCGCCAUCCUUCGCUGUCAGUUGGACUCGGUCAUAAUGCAGCUUAUCCAAACGGUGCCGGGCGGUGCCGUGGGGCUGAACAGGCAAACAACCGGCGGCUCUGCUGCACCAUCAGACCACAUCGAAGCCAUGCUGCAGUACUUCAGACGCGCCAACACUGCAGAAUGCAGCAACUUUCUUCAGACGGUUUGCCUUCUGUGUGAGGGCAUCCCCAUGCAUCUGGAGUCCAAGCUCAUCUCAGUGGCUGGAUAUGCAUGCAGCAGUGCUUUGAAUAAUCUAUCAACUGAAACCUCAUGUUUGGAAAGUGAAGAUGCAGCCUCCAGUGUGACGGAUCAGCAGCCGUUAACGCCGCCUGCAGAGGAGCAGCUCACCAAACGCCCACGGAUUGAUUACUGGGAGCAGUACAAGGCUGAAGCGGCAGGUUCCCUGCAGAGGAGGUGGAAGCGACUGUCGGAGGGCCUGCUGAAGGAUGUGCAGCCGGACAAAAUCUGGGUCAGCAUCAGAACUGCAAACAGAGUCAGGGACCGACCGGACCAGACUCCCAGCUCUGCAGAGAGAGGCGGCAGAACACCGGAGCCUGACGGUGACGACGGGUGGCCAGAGUCCAGACUGACUCUGGAGAGUUUUCUUCAGGGAUGCACAGGAAAAGUGACGGUUCUGGCCGGCCAACCUGGCUCAGGAAAAACGCUGGUAAUGUCUUUCAUCGGGGAACAGUGGACUAAAGGAUUAGGCCCCAUCCCUUCAUCCCAUCUGUUUGUCUUGCUGGAGUUUCGUCAGCUCAACCUGCUGUCGGACCCUCUCUCCCUCUCUGAGCUGCUGUUUCACCACUACCUCCCACCUGAUGGAGACAAUGAAGCAAAGCAGGCCGUUGUGGACUACCUCCUUUCCAAUCCAGAGCAGAGCUGCUGGGUGCUGGACGGUUACGAUGAGUUCCAGAACAAACUAAAGAGACACAGAGUUCAGAACGCGCGGCUGGACUCAGAGAAACCUCUGCCUGUGGCAGAGCUCAUCUCAGGGCUGCUGAGCCGGCAGCUUCUUGCAGGGAGCACCGUGUUGGUCACGAGUCGAGUACGCGACGUCGUAGAUUUGGACGGUUUGUCUGACAAAGUGGGGCAGCUGCUGCCGUGGGACCACCGUGAAGUCAAAGAGUGUGUCAACAACUUCUUUAGUGCAAAAGAUGGGAAACUUGCAGCCGAUGCAGCAGAAAUUCUCUUCUCCAGCCGACACCUCCUGGCCAUGUCUUCCCUCCCAGCCCUCUGCAACAUCUGCUGCGUCUUUCUGCAGCAUUUACUCCACCGACAUGCAGAAAAGAUAAAGAUGCCAGGAGCAAAAGGAGUCGAAGUAAAGAAAAAACGUCUAGAAAUGAAGAAAAAAGACGCACAAACUCCUGAUGAAACGGGCGACAAUGAGAGUCGCUCCCAAAAAGCACAACAUGGCGGAAACAGUGAGGAGACAUUAACGGAUGGAGCAAAAAGCAGAUCCACGUUUUCUUUCACAGCAGCACAAAUCCCUGCAACCCAGACUCAAAUCUACCUCGCUGCUGUUGCUGCAUUUCUUAGCCGGCACCCUGACCGGACCGGAGGAAAUGACGCAGCAGAGACCUCAGGAUUUUCUGAAAGUACCAAGUUUACAUGGGAAACUGUGAGUCUUCCUGCUGCUGAGCUUUGUGAGCUCAGUCGACUGGCAUGGAGAGGUUUGGAGGAGAGCAGGAUUAUCUUUUUGGAUGAAGAAGUUCAUCUGCAAACUUUAGAGUCUUCAAUCAAGUCAGGACUCUUCUCACAGGUGGAGGUCAGAGGUCGUGACGGCGUUGUCGUCAACGCUUACUGCUUCCUGCAUCUCACAGUGCAGGAGUUUCUGGCUGCACUCAGGAUCAUGACAAGCACUGAUGUCAGUGAUGCAGACCUGAAGAAGAGAUUCAGUCUGAAAACUCGCUGGACGACUAAAUCGGACCAGAAGACAGUGUUCACUGAUUCCCUCUACCUGUACGUUUGUGGUCUGGCUUCGUUGGACUGCACUCCAGCUCUGGAGGUUGUCGCCAAGGCAACGGGGUUAAAAGCAGCCCAAAACUGGGUCCAGAAACGCCAGGCCCUUGUCAUAAAGUUGCUGAAAACUCUGUGCCAAAGUGCCACUCUGACUGGACCGAAGAUUUUGCAGCUUUGCCAUUGUGUUCAGGAGAGCCAGAACCAGCAGCUGGCUCAACUGGUGGUGAGUGUGCGACCCACGCUGGAGCUCAGAAACUUCUGGCUGUUACCCAGUGACAUCGAGGCGUUGGCGUUUGUGGUCAACUCGGUCGGUACCAAAGGUGUCGGUUUGGACUUCGGCGCCUGUUCGAUGGAACUGGAGUGUCUGGACACCCUGUCCAGGUGUCAGUAUAUUCAUUACCUCAGUUUUCGGAGUCGCAAGUAUGGUGAUAAGUUUGCAGAGAAGCUUUCCUCCGUUCUACCUCGAUUCACAGCGCUGAGAAAACUAGAGUUUUGUGGUGCCAGUCUGAGUUCUGCAGGAGCUGCGAGUUUGGCGUCUGGUCUGCAGAACUGUUCCAGUGUCACUGAGCUCAAUUUUAGUGACAACAAUUUGCAAGACGAAGGAAUCCGAUGCAUUGCAGAUGUUCUUGCCAAACUGCAAAACUUGACAUCUGUAAAGCUGGGACGAAACAACACUUCUUUGGAAGCAGCAGAGUGUCUUGUUAAACACGUCUCUUCUUGCUCGAACAUCCAGCAAGUUCAUGCAGACGGGAUCAAAGAGUUGACACUGACUUUUUCUCAAAAAUCUGAAUCAAACAGCCAUAAAAUUAAGCCUGAAGCGACAGUGAGAUUGCUGAACCAGAAGUGGACUAAGUCUGGCAUGCAGAACCUCGCCAAGUCGCUGGCUCGCUGUCCCUCCCUGUCUGAGCUGGAUCUGUCUGGAGGCGAGUGGGAUGAGGAGACUUUGAAAAUGCUAAUUCAGUUUGUGCCAAGCUUCAGCAUCACUGAGAGGAUCAUAUUGAAUGACAGCUGCUCAUCAGUUCAGAGUGUGGUGAUUCUCGCCGCUUUGCUUUCUGACUGUCCGUCUGUCCUGGAGAUGAACAUCAGGCUGCAGGAUCCAGUCCAGGUGUCUGUUGUGUUUUCUGUAGGGAGAGAAAAAUCUGCAAAUGUUUCCUCUAAAAAACUCUGCCUCAGCUGCUGUAAUCUUCAGCCCAUCGACCUGGAAAGAGUUUGGAAAAGUUUGGGAGCGUCCUCUGAUCUCUCUGAUUUGGACUUGUCCUGUAACAAGUUAGGCGACAAAGGACUGAAGAAGUUGUUGGACUUCUUGCCUCAUCUAAGCAAAAUCCAACGAGUAGAUUUCAGCGGUAAUGAUGUCGGUGUGGACGGAGUGGUGAUGCUGGCGGAUGCAUUAUGCUCCAGCAACAGAUUAACGCACGUUUACAUCAGUGAUGGAGGAAAAGACCAGGUGAUGCUGCAGUUCAGCUCUGACACAAGUAACGGCAAAUUAAAGACAAAGUUAUUCAGAAUUGACAGAAGAUCCCUGACAGCAUCUGAUGUAAACAAAGUGUGCAGGAAACUGGUCCAGUGUCGCACCAGUUUGGAGUUAGAGUUUACUCAAUGCUCAUUUGCUGAGAAAUCUAUCGAAAAUCUGCUGAGAGUGUUGCCAAAGAUGUCAACGCUGCAGAGACUAAAUGUCAGUAACAGCAUCCUGUCCACUUUUGAUGCUCUAACUCUGAUCAGCUGUUUCCCUGGAAACCAACGAGUCUCAUCCGUGGAGCUCAGUCCACAGGGCGAAUCCUUCAUUCGUUUUGCUGGAAUUAAAGCAGAACAAGUCAACUGCAGAUUAACAGAUUUUUCUUUCAAAGAAGAAAACUUUGCUUUAUUGGACAGAUUGAACCAGAUCCUGCUGCAGACCCGGCAGCUGUCUUAUCUUGAGUACAAACCACAACUCAUCUCACAACCACGAAACUACAAUGUAAUUUUGAUCCUUCUUACUCAUUUAAAUAAACUUAUUUACUGCUUUUUCCGCUUCAGUUUGUCAGGAAAUCAGCUGGAAGACGAAGGAGUGAGACGUUUAUUGGAGUCUCUUCCAAAUAUCAGAGUCAGCAGCUUCAUCAAUCUGAGCAAGAACAGUCUGAGCCAGCAGGGGGCGCUGCAUGUAGCCACAACACUUUGUACUUGCACUAAUGUUUCUGCUGUGGAAGUCAGUUUGGGAGAAGAUGAAAGAUGUCUGAUCUGGUUUACACAAAAAGGAGGAGGAGAAAAAACUCUGAGUGUCAAAGACAGCAAGCUGCAAUAUGAUCAUCUGCUCACAUUAGCAAAUAUUGUCUCAGACUGUCAGAGUUUGACCAAAGUUGAAUUAAAGAACAACAUGCUGCAAUCUGAGUGGAUUGAAAACUUUGUGACAGCUUUAAAUGUUAAUCUGAGACGAUGUACUAUCAGUGUUGAAGAACGUUGGAUCGGCGGCGAUGACGCUGCGCUUUUACUGCGCCGCUGUCUGCAGCUCCACAAACCCGUCCAAACCAUCAGGAUUGAUGACACCACACUACAGCUGGUUCUGAUGGACAACAUGGAAAGUGAUGUUGCAUUUCCAGCUCAGUCAGUGAUUAAAAAUAUAAGUGUCUCCAACAGCAGCGUGGAAGGAGCUAAAUUACUCUGCUCUUUUCUACCCUCGUUGCCAAAUCUCACGUCUCUCAGUGUUGGAAUCAAAGACAGCGCCGUGGCUGACGAGCUCUUACACGUCAUCCUGAGCUCUACGUCCAUUCAGAGAUUAAACUUGUCUGGCGUCCUCAUAAGUGACGCAGCGGCUCAGACUUUGACCAGACUGUUGCCACGCCUUCGGUCGUUCAAAUCAUCGCAUUGCGUUUGGUCAGCAGCUGGACGGCUGCUGCUUAUCGAAACGUUGAAGGAGAGCGCCGCUUUGGAAGAACUUUGUCUGGAUGCAGCGAUGCAGCUGAAUGAAGACUGCAGCAGAGGUUUGGCACAAACACUGAGGAACAUGAGAUCUUUACAGAUUCUCAAGCUGGAUGAAAUCGUCAAAAGUUCAGGACAACCAGAAGCCGACGUUGUUCUGGACCUGCUGGCCGGGAUGGAAGAACUCAACCUGAUUCAGGAGAUACAGUUGAGUGGCUGGAGGAUGGGUGAUGGGGGGAUACAGAAGCUAACGGGAAUCCUUCCUGGUUGGAAAGAUCUGAGGACGAUCAGUCUCUCCAAGAAUCUUGUGAGUGAUCCGUCAGGAGAGAAGCUGCUGGAGGCUUUGAGUGGCUGCAGGCACCUGGAGGAGCUCCAUCUGUCCAGUAACCAUAUUGGUGACCUGACUGCUGCCAGAAUGGCUCUUGUUCUCCCAUCAAUGUCGCGCCUCUCUGUAUUAGAUAUUUCAGAAAACCAUGUUGGAAACGAGGGCUUGUUCAGUCUGUCCAGAGCCAUAAUGAGCCUGAAGAACCUCAGAAAGAUCCACCUGACCUCUGUGGGGAAUUCAGAGCUGAGCGCUGUCGCUGCCAGUUUGAGCCACUGUCCCUUCAUAGAGGAUGUGGGCUUUGGGUGGAAUAACUGUGAAGACGCUGUGGCGCUGGAGCUGGCCAACGUUCUGCCUGUUUGCCACGAUCUGACUCGCAUUGACCUGGAGUGUAACAGUGUGAGCGCUGCCGGCGUGGAGGCUCUGGUCAGAGCACUAAGGUGCUGCCCUGCUCUGCAGGUCAUCAGGUUGUGGAGGAAUAAAGUCUCCGGGAGUGAAGCUCUGAGGUUCAGCCAGAUGGAGAGGAGGCUGAACUUUUCCUCCACCUAAUGGGAUUACCAUACAAAUAUAUUUAUUUGCAAUAUCAUGUUUUGCAGAUGUUCUAUUCGAAAACGUACAUCGUUUAAAAGGAGACAUCUGCGUUUUUCAGCUUAGUUUCACAAGAGAAAAUUGCAGGUGGGUCCAAACUAAACUAAAAUGACAUCAAAUCCGACUUUUUAUGUAAAUAUACUUUAGGAAAUCACACAGAUGAUAUGAAGUGUCUUCCAAUCUCAGUAAGGGUUCAGUCAAACUCUAAUGAGCUCAUUAUUUUUGUUCCUCGUCACAAAGUUUCUGCUGUGAAACUAAAGGCCACCUUUUAUGUGUUGUAUUUCUGCAGACUCUGGUUUAAUGAGUCACUUUGCACAAACACAGAGGCCACAUAUGUGAAAAAAACACAAUAAGUCAAGAAUCUGCAGUAAACAGGAGGUUGUUCCUCUAGUCAUCAUUAAGGGUUGUGGUCUCUGUCAGAAUACGUAUUUAUUUUUGCUCUUUGAUGGAAAGAAAAGUGCAGCUUUAUUUUUUUUAUUGUUUAUUUAUGUUUGAAGCAGUUUUAAUCUUAUUCUAUUUUCUGUUUAAAGACUUGUUGAUAAAAGGACACCAGACUCGGUUCUGGAAUAAAUGCACCUUAUUGUGAAAACCAAGAGUGCUUUUUACAAUUUCUAUUCAGGUUGACAUUUAAGUUCUCACAAACUUUCCUCUGUGCUUGAAAUUCUCAGUGAAAACACUGUUAUUCAUUCUCCUGUUUGUUUAAUUUACAAAUUGUAAAUUCUCCUGUUUGUUUAAUUUACAAAUUGUGCGCUGGUUUAAUUUUGUUUUAUGCCAUUUUUUUUCAUCUUAAAGACUAAAGAUGAUAUCUUGCUGCAGCUCAACAUUUUUUAAAUGUCUUCCUUGUACUUCUUUACUUUUAUUUGCUUUUUGUUGUUUACAGGAGUCACUACCUGUAGAAAAUGACUCUUUCCUUGCCAGCAUCUUCAGUUUAACUGAAGAUCCUUGAUAGAAAUAAAGUUUUUACUGUGUG